GGAGGGUGUGUCCCUUGCACCCCGCAGAGGGAGGGUGUGUCCCUUGCACCCCCCAGAGAGCCGGGUGUGUUGGGGUGUGUGAGCGCGUGCUUCUGCCGCGGCACCGCAGGUUCUCCUCAAACCACUGAUUGGAGGACGCUGCGCAGGGAUCGCCGGCAGGUCUGGUUCCUGGGCCCGGAGUGGGAGGCGGCGCUUCUGCGGCCGCAGCACCGGCUCCGGGUGCCCAGGAGCGCCAGCUUCUCAGGGGAGACAAACCCCGCAAGGUCCGGAUGGCGGUCCUCUGGAGUGGGCUUGCCUCUUGUAAUUUCUAGAAGAUCUGUGGACCGAAGAGACAGAUUUGACUUCCAGGUGCUCUUGUGUGGGGCCCACCAUGCUCUGAGGGGGCCUCCCCUGCUGCACUACUCAGCUGGUGGAAGUGCAUGUCCUGCUGCUCAAGACAAGAUGACUUCACAGAGCUGCCAGAGGGGUCCAGAGAGUGCACACGUGAACUACAAGGGGCCAUGCCAUACUGCUGUCUGCCGUCAUAGCUCUUCCCUACUUGGCUGCAACCUAGAACCGCCCAACAAACAUGGAGGGCAGAGCAAGCCAGUCCCGUCCAGCGCUGUGGGCUCCUCAUGGGUGACUGGCUUGCUGAGGAUGCUAUUAUUGCUUCUGUGGUACAUGCCCGUGGCAGGUGGGCUGGAAGUGAAGACCGAAGAGAGACAGAUGGUUUUCUUACACGAUAAUGUCACUGUACUCUGCAAAAUCCCGGGGUCACCCUGCCUGGACAUCACGACUGUGGGAAUCAUCUGGUCUCGGAAGAAAGAGUGGAAUGAAUCUGAGACCUCCGUAUAUCAGUUUUAUGGAAGUCACCGGGAGGCGAUCCGACCUGGAGCCAAUGUGUCAUUGUUGGGGCUGGAACGGGGCGAUGCCUCACUCCUUCUGCCCAGGAUCGAGCUGAGUGAAGCAGGAGAGUACCGAUGCAAGCUGGUGGUCACCCCUCAAAAGGCAGAGGGAACGACCAGGCUAGAUGUUGUGGCUUCCCCGGCCAUGAAAUUGUUUGUGAAACCAGCUACAGAGAGAAAUGGUGAAGAACAGCACGUUAUAUGCAAGCUGGAUGGGUUCUACCCAGAAGCCUUUGACGUAAAGUGGGGGAAGAGCACCCUGAAUGACCCCCACUUCCAAGCCAUUACUGAGGGCAUAGUCACUGGUCCCACUGUGAGGAAUGAUGAUGGAACCUUCAGUGUUACCAGCUCCUUGGCCCUGAGACCAGCCCUGGAAGACCAUGGCAAUACCUUCUUCUGUGUGGUGUCACACAAAUCCUUACUUGACUCCAAGAGGCUCAGUGUUAUGCUGCCUGAGAAAAGACCUGUGGAGAUAUACUUUACCAUUGUUGGUCCCUGUGUUCUCCUGGCUUUGGUUUUGGCUUUGGUGAUAGUUUAUUGCCUCUGGAGAUGGAGCAGUGGGAGAGUCAGACAAGAAAAUAAGGACUUCUACGCUGCAGAGAUGCUCAGCAGUUAGGAGUACCUGAUGCUCUUGAAGAGGGCCCAGCACCUACAUGGUGGCUCACAGCCCGUUGAAAACAUCUCAUCUCCGCAGGAUCAUGUACACCUAUGGUGAACAUAAACUCAUGUAGGCACGCACACAAACGCAGAAAGAUAAUACAGAAAUAAGUCUGUUGGAAGAAGAAGGAGGA